AACAAAUAUCAGUAAAAGGAUGGCAUUAGCAGAGACAAUUAGUCGGAAAAUCCAUAAAUUGGGAUUAGUUCCUAAGUUGAUUAAGUUAUUGCCCAUAGUAUCGAUUUUAUUGGCGAUUUCAAGUAUUUCAUGGAUAUUAAUAUUACCAUUAAAUGGUAAUUAUAGAAAUACUUAUAUAUCAGAAAAUGCUUUAAUGCCAUCACAAGUUACAUCAUUUUUUCGAGAAAGUGAAUGGAAUAUUGUUAGAGGUUAUAGAGAAGAAAUUAGUAAAUUAGAAAAUCAAUCAAUUGAAAUUCGAAAUAAUCAACUUGAAAAAUGGGUAAAUGAUCUUGGUUUAGUUACUGCUUAUCAUAAUAAUGGUAAAUUUAAUGAUACUUUAUAUGCUAUUAUGCAUGCUCCAAGAGGUGAUGAUACUGAAGCUAUGGUAUUAGCUAUACCUUGGGAAACUUCAGAUAAUGAAUAUAAUGAAGGUGGAAUGGCUUUAGCUAUAGCAUUAAGUAGAUAUUUUUCAAAAAUGUCUAUUUGGUCAAAAAAUAUUAUAAUUGUAUUUGUUGAAAAUAAUCAAUUCCCAUUAAGAUCUUGGGUUGAAGCUUAUCAUACUUCAUUAGAAGAAACUGCAGGAUCAAUUGAAGCAGCCAUUGUUCUUGAAUAUGGAAAAAAUGGAGAUUAUUUUGAUUAUUAUGAAUUAAUUUAUGAAGGUUUAAAUGGUCAAUUACCCAAUUUAGAUUUAUUAAAUACGGUUAAUUUAAUUGGUUAUCAUGAAGGAUUACAUUGUGCUAUUCAAGAUACUCCAUCAACUGAAUUAGUUAAAGAUACUUAUUUUACAAGAUUAAGAACAUUAAUUAGAGGUAUAAUUGCUUUAACAUUAACUGGUAUUAAACCAGGUGGAGGAUGUGAAGCAUUUUCUGGUUGGCAAAUUCAAGCAUUUACAAUAAAGGCAAGAGGAACUAAAGGACCUCAUGAUGUUACCCAAUUUGGUAGAUUGGUUGAUUCUACAUUUAGAUCAGUUAAUAAUUUAUUAGAAAAGUUUCAUCAAUCAUUUUUCUUUUAUUUAAUGUUAUCAAAAAAUCAUUUUGUUUCUAUUGGAACUUAUUUACCUUCAGCUGUUUUAAUGGCAAUUGCAUUUACUUUUAGUUCUUUAGGUACUAUAUUAAUUAGUGGAUUAGAAAUCAAUUCAUUUAUAAGUCAUUCUGCUAAAAUUUUAACUAUAUUUGUGAUUAUUGAAAUUAUAUGUUUUAUUCUUUCAUUAACUUUACCAUUAAUUAAAGUUGAUAUAUCAAUUUUACUUAUUAUAUUAUCAUUUAUACCGUUAGGUUUAAAAUCAUCAUCAUCAUCAUCAUUUAAAUUGAAUAAAACUACAUCAUUUGGAUUAGUUGCUUUAUCAUUAUUCUUUAUUUCAUUAUUAAUAACGGCCUUAUUAAUAGUUCAUUUUUCUUUGGCUCUCUUAUUAGGGUUAUUUACAUUACCAUUAACAUUUUUAGCUCAACCUAAACCGAAAUUAAAGACCAUCAUAUGUCUAUUAAUUUCUAAUCCAUUCUUUAUUAUAUCAAUUGCCGGUCAAGAUAUAUUUCUUGGGCUUGUCACAUCUUGGCAUGAUUUACAAUGUUGGACAUGGUUUGUGGUUAGUUUAGGAUGGUAUUCAGCUUGGUUGGGGGUAGCUGUAGGUACACUUUCAGGAGAUUUUACUGUACAGGAUACUACAAAAAAGCAGCAAUAGUUUAGAGCAAUAGCCGUAUAUAAAAAUAAUAUAUAAUAUUUAUUUUAUACAUAUAUUUAUUUUAUACGAUUAAGGUAUGUAUACUGUACAUUAUACAUUCACUUAUUUAAGCUUUAAAUCAAUAGUCUCAUUGUAGUGCCAUACAUUUAGCUGUUUUAGGAAUGUUUCGCACGCCAAAUUUUAUAACAGCACGCACAGAAAAUAAGACGUGUAUUUUUUUCAUUUGUGUACCUUUUUUGGACUGUUUCGUCUCCUA